UUUUAAUAGACAAAAUUACUCAACAACAUGAGCACUGAUGGAAAGUAGUAAAGUAGUAGAGAUUAUGUAAAAUAAAUGGAGAUCUCGUAUUGGGAGGAGGGUGUAUCAGAUUCCAUCAGAAUCACGUGAAGGGUGCUCGUUUUUGUAGAGUACUUGGCCUGCUAAGUAUACACCAAAAUGAAAAAGGCCUUUGAUCGAACUGUGAGGGACCUCAAGAGAGGGGUGAACAAAAAAGUUCUUAAGGUCCCUUCUGUAGAACAAAAAGUGCUUGAUGCGACUAGCAAUGAGCCCUGGGGUCCUCAUGGAUCACUUCUUGCAGAUAUUGCCCAAGCUUCAAGAAACUAUCAUGAGUAUCAAAUGAUUAUGGCUCUAAUUUGGAAGCGUGUCAAUGAUAAUGGAAAAAAUUGGCGGCAUGUUUACAAGGCUUUAGUUGUUUUGGAUUACUUAGUAGCCAGUGGGUCUGAGCGUGUCAUAGAUGAAAUAAGGGAACAUGCAUACCAAAUAUCUACGUUAUCUGAUUUUCAAUACAUCGACUCCAGUGGAAAAGAUCAGGGAAGUAAUGUUAGAAAGAAAUCUCAGAGUCUUGUUGUUCUUGUCAAUGAUAAGGAGAGGAUACUAGAAGUCCGCCGAAAGGCAGCUACCAACAGGGACAAAUUCCACACAUCAAUGGGUGAUAUGCAUCGACCUGGUUCAUAUUCAAGUUCAGGAGGGUAUGGUGACAGAUAUGAAGAGGAUCGUUAUGGAGGCAGAGAUGAAGAGAGAAAUGGAUAUGGGAGAGAAAAAGAAUGGGGUUAUGGGGAUGAGGACAAAUAUGGCAGGUAUGGUGAUACAUACAGCCGUGAUGGGGAUCGCUAUGGUAGAGGUUAUGAUGACCACAGCCAAGAUGGAAACAGGGAUGAUGAUCAUCGUGGAAGAAGUCAGAGUGUAGAUGACUACAGUAAUGGCUUAAGAAGUAGAAGCUCUGACAGAAACAGGGAUCGUGCUUAUGAUGAUGAUGGUCAAUACUCUUCUAGAGGAAGUGGUGCAAGGGCUGAGGAUCGCUCUCAAGAUGGAAGUGUUAACGGUAUGCAGCAUGAGAGAAGGUUUUCUGAACAAAACCUUGAUCUACCUCCCAGUUAUGAGGAAGCUAUUGGUGCAUCACAAAGCCCCACACAUAGUGAGAGGAAUGUGGAAACAGCUUCAGCAUCUGCUCCUAAAGCUUCCUCACCUCAUGUUGGAAGUCCAAACCAAGCAACCACCCCUACUCCUGCACCAGCUGCUGCCUCAUUGUCCACUCCAGUUCCAGCUACUGCUUCACCAGAGAACAAGGAUAUUGAGAGCUUUGAUGAAUUUGAUCCUCGGGCUUCUUUUUCAGUGGCCAGGGCUCAAUCAAAUGGUGCUAUUCCAACUACUUCCAUUGGCACUGAAGUGGAUAUACUUGGCUCCUUAUCUGAGCCAUUUUAUCCUAAUUCAUUAGUCCUUGCAUCAGCAACUACAACCACCUCUGAGGUUAAUGCUUCUAGGACUACUGUUUCUGAACCCUUGUUUGGUGGAGCAUCACCGGCAUCUUCUGUCACGAACCAGAUGUUUGAGGAACCUUUUGGUGAUGGUCCUUUCAAAGCUGUACCAACCUUAGACACAGUGCAAAUUCAGCCGCAGAACAUUUCUCCUCCAUCUUUCCUUCCUAACUCAAAUCAAAGCCCUGAACUGCCAGUCCCUCAGAGUGCUGAGGUCCCGAGUAUAACAUAUACAGCACCCAGUUAUGCUCAUCAGGAGCUAUCCACAUCCAACCAUGAUGUUGAUAUAUUGGCUGAUAUUCUCCUGCCUUCUGCUCCCUCACCUUCUCUGCAUCCCUCUAGUGACCAUGCAAUUCCAAGUGUCCCAUUUACAGCGCAGACAGGUUUUCCAUCUUACAGUGGGAUAGCUGCACAACCAACAGGUUAUGCAGCUACCCAUGUUCAGGAUGCUUCACUAACAGGUUUUGCAGCUCAACCUGGUUUACAGUUACCACAAACAAGUUUUCCUAUCCAUGGGCAACCUUUAUCUCAGAUUGGGUUUUCUGGUCAAACGAGCAAUUCUCCACCUUUUGGUGGUUAUUCAGUUCAACCUGGCCAAACACCGGAGACAAGUUUUGGUCCGCAAAGUGGUCAAUCUGCACCUCUUAAUGGCUUCCCAUCUUCAUCGGGUUCCUUUUCCCACCCUGGAAUUCAGGUCACUGCUGGUCAGUCUCUGCAGACCAAUGCUAACUUUGGAGGUUACAACUCAGGAUUGGGAGAUACAGGUUCAGUUAGUAGGCAAAUGGGUCAAAUUCCUGCUGGACCAUCUUUCCUUAUGCAGGCAGCUACUGCAUCCCAUAUGUCUACACAAAUGAAUCUUCAAUAUUCACCAAAUCAAACAAAUAAUGUGUCAAUGCCCCCACAGUCUACUCCAGUUUCAACAGCUCUCGUCAUCAGCAACCAACCAGCCAAAGACAAAUUUGAGACAAAAUCUACCGUGUGGGCGGAUACACUGAGCCGUGGAUUGGUCAAUUUGAACAUUUCUGGAUCUAAAACAAAUCCUUUAGCUGAUAUUGGAGUUGAUUUUGAUGCUAUUAACCGCAAGGAGAAGAGGAUGGAGAAACCUAGUACAACCCCUGUGACAUCAACUGUUACAAUGGGCAAAGCAAUGGGUUCUGGUUCUGGUAUUGGCCGUGCUGGUGCAGGUGCUCUAAGGCCUUCGUCAAAUCCAAUGGCAGGGGCUGGCAUGGGUAUGGGUAUGGGUGCUGGUGCUCCUGGAGCAAGUGCUAUGGGAGUAUAUGGAGUAAACCAGACUAUGGGCAUGGGAAUGGGGAUGGGGAUGGCUAGACCAAUGCACAUGGGAAUGGGGCAAGGAGUACAGAUGCAACAGCCAACUGGAUUUCCCCCUGGAUCUACCAUACCAGGAGGCUACAAUCCCAUGAUGGGUGCAGGUAACUAUGGACAUCAAUCAUUCGGUGGUGGAUACCAAUGAGCUUAAGCCUGUGAAUUCGGGAACUAAAGAAUGGUAGAAAACCAUUCUGUUUUUGAUAAUGUCCAGAUUGUAUUCUAGUGAAUAGCGGCCUGUUGAGGUCACCAUCUGUUGUAGAGUCUAUACUUUUGGGUAAUUCAUGUAGCAUUUGCAAUCUUAAUUCCUUCUUUCAGGGUUGCUGUUUCAUUACCAAUGUCCCCUAUUUGGGUCAGA